GGACCUCACAGAGAGGUAAACAAAAAGGAGGUUACGUUAAUUAACGUGCAAUCAUCGAUUUUAGAUGAAUUAACUGUGUUGCAUUAAUAGGCUAUAGGUUGCAACGUGUAAUUGUUUACGACGCGAUGGCAGAGGAUAACGAGCUGGAAAAGCGCGCGGUAGAGGAGCUCCUCAGGGAGACUGACAGGGCUCGGGUGAGAGCAGAGACCAUGGGCCCUGCAGGAUGGUUGAGGUGUCCCCUGCGGAGCACCAACAAGCGCUUCCUCCUCAACACCCUGCGCUCCACCGGCCUGCAGCGGCACCCCAGUGAACCCAGAGACGGACACUCUGCCACAAGAGGGCGCCUGAGCAAUGAGACCCCGGACAGAAGCCGCGACCGCAGCAGAUCGCCUCCCAGAGACUAUAGGGGCAACGGAGGUCACACAGACCAUAAAAGUCAUCACAGGCACAGCCGGAAUAAUAAAGACAAGAAAGAGGACAGAGACAAAGAGAGGAAUUACAGACACAGAGACAGAGACAGGAGACAUGGGGAAGAUGGACAGAAAAGACAACGACUUCAUGAAUAAAGCACUUCUGUUUAGGGGAGGAACACUGCUUUACCUGAGGCCACGCCCUUUCUAGGGCGCAGUGGUAGACACACUGUUUUCUGACCAGCCAGCACACCUCACACAGCUGCUGGGGUCCUGUUCACCUGGCAUGUUAGAAGGAGCCAGAAAAGACACUGAUUUAACUUUUUUUUUUUCCUGCUAAUAAAAAAGACUAAACUUUUUUCCUCA